UGUCAGCUCGAGUGCGCAUGAGCAGUGACGUCACAGCCAGUAUAAAAGCUCGUGCCGGCCUGCUGGUGGUAUAGAUUUUCCUCUCUGCUCGAUGGGAGAACGUACUCACAGUAGAUAAUACUAGUGUGGCUUUGUGUGUUUAGACGGUUACAAGCAAGAUUAAAUCCUCAACAAUGACUUCGACAGCAACCAACAAGACGGUCCUGGACAGGUACCUGAGGCUGCCCAUCCCGGACAACAAGUGCCAGGUGAUGUACGUGUGGGUGGACGGCUCCGGCGAGAACCUCCGCUCCAAGUCCAGGACCAUCAACUUUAUCCCCAAGAGCCCGACAGAACUUCCAAUCUGGAACUUCGACGGCUCGUCUACCGGCCAGGCUGAAGGCAGCAACAGCGACGUGUACCUUCACCCAAUAGCACUCUACAGCGACCCCUUCAGGCUGGGCGAGAACAAACUGGCUCUCUGUGAGACCUACAAACACAACAAGAAGCCGACGGAAACCAAUCACCGCCACAGGUGCUUGGAGGUGUGCACGAAAGCUGCUGACACUCAUCCUUGGUUUGGCAUGGAACAAGAGUACACUCUCCUGGACACUGACAACCAUCCCCUGGGCUGGCCCAAGAAUGGCUUCCCUGGCCCUCAGGGCCCCUAUUACUGUGGUGUGGGGGCCAACAAGGUCUACGGCAGGGACGUGGUGGAGGCCCACUACAGGGCGUGUCUGUACGCCGGCAUCAACAUCUCUGGAGAGAACGCCGAGGUGAUGCCCGCUCAGUGGGAGUUCCAGGUUGGUCCCUGUGAAGGCAUCACUAUGGGCGACGACCUCUGGAUGGCCCGGUACCUCCUUCACCGUGUUGCAGAAGACUUCAACGUUGUGGUGUCCCUGGACCCCAAGCCCAUCCCUGGCGACUGGAACGGUGCCGGAAUGCACACCAACUUCUCUACUAAAGGAAUGAGAGAUCCUAAUGGAAUCUCGGAGAUACAAAAGGCUGUAGAAAAUCUUUCUAAGCAUCAUGCUGUGCACAUCAAAGCUUACGAUCCCAAAGAGGGCAAGGAUAACGAGAGGCGGUUAACUGGACUGCACGAGACCUCGUCAAUCCAUGACUUCUCUGCUGGUGUAGCCAACAGAGGCUGCUCGAUCCGUAUCCCUCGCGGUGUGGCGGAAGAGAAGAUGGGUUAUCUUGAGGACCGUCGACCAUCCUCCAAUGCAGAUCCUUACAUGGUGUCAGAGGUGCUGGUGCGGACGAUUUGCCUAGAUGAGUAGGCUCUGGGGGAGGUCUUCACGCCCACUACACCUGCGGCAGACAGCUGGUCCUCACAGCUGUCUGGGGGAGGUCUUCACGCCCACUACACCUGCGGCAGACAGCUGGUCCUCACAGCUGUCGCACGCUAGGGACCAACGCACUUCCAUUAUUUCUCGUAUUCACCCUGCCAUUUUAAUCAUGUUGAUUAACAUUUUACCUCAUUCAUUUCUAACCUCCAUUCAUUUUCAUUUUAAUCAUUUCCUGUGAAAGAUUUAAUUUGAGUACAAGUAUUAUUUUAUUGUGAUAUACGCAAGUAUGGUUUUUUAAACCACUGUCCAUAUGUAAAUAAGAAUUUUUAAGUGUCGUAUUUUAAAAUUUUAAUGUAUAACAAUAAUCAAUUUUAAUAUAUCAUGACCCAUUACAUGUUUGUAGUUC